CGCACGGGGAGGACGAGAGGAGCCUCCUGCCUCCUCCCUCCUGCCUCCUCACUCCUCCCUCCUCACUCGGCUUCGUCGCGCUGAGCCGCAGGUCUCUCAGUCGGACACGCACGGGACGCGCACUCCUCUCCGCAGCGCCACGCAGAGAAACCACAUCCGCCAUCAUGGGGAAAGGCUGCAUGACAGCGACCAAGUACUUCCUGUUCCUCUUCAAUCUCAUCUUCUUUCUGUGCGGUGGCGUCAUCAUGGGCUUUGGACUGUGGCUCCUUCUGGACAAUCAGAGCUUCAUCGUCGUCCUGCAUGACUCGGCGGCGGUGAAGGCGGCGUGCUACAUCCUGAUCGCGGUCGGGUCUUUCUCCAUGCUCAUGGGCUUCCUCGGCUGCCUGGGGGCCAUUUAUGAGCUCCGCUGUCUGCUGGGCCUGUACUUCGCCUGCCUCCUGCUGAUCCUCAUCGCGCAGGUCGUGGCCGGCACGCUCAUCUACUUCCAGAAAGAUGCGUUGAAUGAAGAGAUGUCCAAGGUGGUCACCAAGGUGCUGGAGGACUACCCCGGCAGCAGCUCCCCCACGCAGCAGGCCUGGGACUUCAUCCAGAGGAACAUGGCGUGCUGCGGCUGGACCGGGCACCAGGACUGGAGCAGGAACCCGGUGGUGGUCAACAGCUCCCAGCUGCUCUUCCCCUGCUCCUGCCACAACGCCUCCGCGAACUCCUCCGACAGCGGCUUCUGCGAGGCCCAAACGUCCGACUGGCCCGUCUACGAGGCGGGUUGUUCCUCCAGCGUGGAGAGCUGGCUCCGCACCAACAUCGGGGUGGUCCUGGGCAUCUGCGUCGGUGUGGCUGUGAUCGAGCUGCUGGGGAUGAUCUUGUCCAUCUGCUUGUGCAGGAACGUCAAAGAUUACACCAAAGUGCCGCUGUAUCAAUAGAAAUGUGACCUUUUCCUUCCUGCAGCAUUUAGUUUGGUUCUUUUGAGACACUUUCCUCUUUAUUUGGCCGUCAGUCCAUUUUUUUUUCGUCGGAGCACUUUAGAACCUUUUUGGAUCGGAGCCGUGCUGAAUGUUUAUUUUUCAUUAAGCUUAUUUUUUUUUAACAGGGUUUGUUUUAAGGAACGCCGGAUCGGGCUCCCAGAAGAAAAAAAAAUCCAUUGUUUUUUAAAUCUGACUUUUUUAGUUAUUGCAAAAAGAAUUUAGUACAUUGUAUAUAAUUUUAGUAAUUUGUUUGAAUUUCAAAACAAUUCUGCCAGGGUUUAGUUGUUUUUUUUCAUGUUUGCUAGAUUUUCUUCUGGAAAUAAUAGAAAUAAUGAUGCUAAAGAGGAAGAUUUACAAUGCUGAAAGUGUCACUAUUUUACAGGCUUUUUCCUUUAUCUAAAGGUACCUUUUAGUUUAUUAUACUCACUUUAAGACAAAAACCUAAGUGAAAUAUUUUUUAACCAACUUUAAAAUAAAAGGGAACUUUUCUGCAGAAUAUUUUCGGGGAAAUCAUCUCGUACAGAACAAUGUAUGAUUUUUAGAUGUUUGUAUAAUGUUCAAAUCUGCCUUCCCGUUUUCUUUCGAUGUACAGUUUGUAUGAAAAACACCGAUAACUUUCUAAAACAAGUUCUGUAUGUUUGUAACUAGAUGGACUUCUGGUAGCUGGAUUAGUAAGUUUGUACUCAUAACUUUCAUUUUGCCAAUAAACUGAUUACAGUA